GCCCGGGUGCUCGGGGACGUGCACGGGAUGGCGGUGACGCGGGGCCGGAGUGGGAUAUGGCGGCGGCGGAGCGGAAACUGGUGACGAUCAGCGGCUCCGAACAGGUGGAGAGUCACACGGUCUACGUUAUAGAGGUGAGCGUGGGGAACCAUCACUGGACAGUUAAACAUCGCUACAGCGAUUUCCAUGAGCUACAUGAGAAGCUCACAGCAGGAAAGCGAAUCGAUAGAAACCUGCUACCCCCAAAGAAGAUCAUUGGCAAAAAUUCCAAACCCUUUGUGGAGAAACGUCAGAAAGAGCUGGAGAUCUACCUGCAAACUCUCCUCGCCAAGUUCCCAGUCGCUGCCCCCAGGGUCUUGUCCUCAUUCCUCAAUUUUCACCUCUACGAGAUCAAUGGGAUCACUGCGGCCCUCGCUGAACAACUCUUCCACAAAGGGGAGCAGUUGCUGCUCGGGGGGGAGGUGUUCUGCCUGCGGCCGCUGCAGCUCUACGCCAUCAGCCAGCAGCUGCGCCUGGCCACUCCACCCUGUGCCAACGGUGACGCUAGGACAGACCUGGGACACAUCCUGGACUUCACCUGCCGCCUGAAGUACCUGAAAAUCACAGGCACCAGAGGCCCUGUGGGAAGCAGCAAUAUUCAGGAGCAGCACCUGGUCUUUGACUUGUCCAUCUUCAAGUCCAUCCAUCAGAUUGAGAUAAACAACUGUGAAGCUGAGCGGAUCAUUGGGCUGCCUAGUCUGAAGAACACGUUGGCCACAAUGAGCUUAUCAUUCUCAACGUCUUCAAUGAAGGCUGUGCUGGUGCCCGAGGCCUCGGAGUUUGAGCAGUGGGAGGCGGAGGGCACGAGUUCGGAGCGGCCAGUGGCUGCUGUUAUCCCGCGAUGGGGAGCCCUGACCACACUGGACAUCAGUCACAACCAGAUAUGCAGCAUUGAUGAGUCUGUGAAAUUAAUCCCAAAGGUUGAGUUCCUGGACCUGAGUUACAAUGAAAUCCCUGCAGUGGAGAAUUUACAGCAUCUGUAUAACCUCAUUCACUUGGACCUGUCGUAUAACAGGCUGACUGUGCUGCAAAGCCUGCACACUAAACUGGGAAACGUCAAAACCCUCAACCUGUCAGGAAACCAAUUAGAAAGCUUAUCUGGAUUUAACAAGCUAUACUCGUUAGUUAACCUGGAUCUCAGUAAUAACAAGAUAUCACAGAUUGAGGAGGUCAGGCCGAUCGGGAGCUUGCCGUGCCUGGAGAGGGUCUCUCUGGCCAGUAACCCGCUCAGCAUCAUCCCCGAUUACAGAACCAAGGUGUUGGCACAGUUUGGGGACCGAGCCUCCGAGGUCUGUCUGGACGACACCAUCACCAGUGAGAAAGAACUGGACACAGUGGAGGUGCUGAAGGCCAUUCAGAAAGCCAAGGAGGCGAAGGAUAGAAUGAACAAUGUGGACGGAAAGAUCGGUGAGGAGUCCAGACACUCAGCUCCCAGCUUCAAACCCAGCCCCCCUGCUCAUGCUGCCUGCCUCUGCUCUCCCCCGCACCAGCCUGCCUGCUCCAGCCAAGAAAUAAUACAUAAUAACCCAGCCCUAGUCAGCUUUCCACAUCAAAGUGACUGUGUGACUCCUGUGAUGUCAAUGAUCCACCAACGCUGUGACACAGAGAGCCAGGCCACAGCUCGAGAGGUUGAAUGUGGGAACAAGAGCUCCAAGGGGGGCGAUAAACACACAGCCAACAGGUUGAGUUUCCCAGGGGCAGGGGCAGACCGUGCGGGAAGCUGCCCACUCGAUGCUGAGACAACCCCAGUGCUGCCUCACUCCUGGCUGAUGUACAGCGACAGCCACCCCAACUUCUCCUCGUGUUUGUUAGCGAUGGCUGGGCAGGCGGCCCUGAAGGCUGACAGUGACAGCCUGGCAAAGCCGGGAGGACACACACAGGCACAGGGACAGGCCUGCCACACAGACGCUGGAUACUUUGAAAUGGGACAAGGGGGUGGGGAGCACACACUGUCAUGUGGGGAGCAAGUCCUGGGGAGUGGGGAGCACACACUGCCGUGUGGGGAGCAGGCCCUGGGGAGUGGGGAGCACACACUGCCGUGUGGGGAGCAGGCCCUGGGGAGUGGGGAGCACACACUGCCGUGUGGGGAGCAGGCCCUGGGGAGUGGGGAGCACACACUGCCGUGUGGGGAGCAGGCCCUGGGGAGUGGGGAGCACACACUGCCGUGUGGGGAGCAGGCCCUGGGGAGUGGGGAGCACACACUGUUGUGUGGGGAGCAGGCCCUGGGGAGUGGGGAGCACACACUGCUGUGUGGGGAGCAGGCCCUGGGGAGUGGGGAGCACACACUGCCGUGUAGGGAGCAGGCCCUGGGGAGUGGGGAGCACACACUGCUGUGUGGGGAGCAGGCCCUGGGGAGUGGGGAGCACACACUGCGGUGUAGGGAGCCGGCCCUGGGGAGUGGGGAGCACACACUGGGAUGUGCAGAGCACCAGGCUCUGGGCUGUGAGAGUCCAGAAACUGAGCAGGAACAGGAGGAGGUGCUGUGGGCUGUGUGUGUUCAUUCCAGUGAGGAGACAAGACUGUUUGCGGGCUGUGUGGUUGUGACCAGUGAGGUGGUGGCUGUUUUCCGGACUCCACAGCCUGAUCUCCGGGGAGAAACGUUGCUCCUGUCACAGCUCCAGCUGAUGCUUUGCUUCCCCUAUUCCCACAUCCUGGCCCUCCGCAGCCCAGAUCCCGAGCUGUGGCUGAGUGUCAGGCUGAAGGCCGGUGAUUAUCUGUGUGUGAUCGCUGACUCUAACAGCCUGAACAGUUUGUACGAGCGUGUGAAGGCAGCUUCCCCAGAUUGCUGCACCGCCCGCUCCAUCCUGCAGCUCCCCCCCGCCGACAGCCAAACCCAUUUCAUAGCUUACAUUCUGCUCACGGGUGGGGGGGAAGCAAUACCAGCAGAGACCCUGGACACUCCUGCUCACACCCGCACGUCACUGUGUUCACUGCUGCUCCCUGUGAGGGAAGAACAGCUGACACCCACCUCCCUGCCCUGUCUGCUCGUCCUGACUGCCCAGUGGCUUCACGCUGUGAAGGUGGAUUUCUGCACAACAGCAAAGCCAUACCUGGACGGUGUUGGGGUCAGUGAUGACGUGGUGAGUCGCCAGCCCCUGGCUGCGGUGCUGCUGGACCCCAGCGAGGGGGAGGGCGACGCUUUCUGCCACAAUCAUGUCGCCCACCUCCUGGUCGGAUCUCAGCUCGUCAGUGCGGUGUUUGUGCUGCCGCAGGACAAGGCUCGCUUUCUCCAGCUCUUCACACGACUGAGAGCCGAGCUCCAGGGCAUCAAAACCAUCCUCGUCCACAAACUGUCCCCUGGCCACAGUCACGCAGCUCUGUACAGCGCGGAGUCAGCUGGACAGACACCGGACACCGCACGUCAGUCCAACCCCUGUCGAUCGCAGAUGAGCCUCUCUUUACGAUACCCAGCUGAGUCACUGCUGCACACACUGAGUGAGGAGAACCAGUGUCCCUCUCACCUCCCGGUCUCCCCGGCUCUGUCACACCUCACUGCCCUCACAGGGACAGGCCUUUGGGAAUUCUUCCACCGGAGCGUGGCUGAGGUUGAGAACGAGGAGCUGAGGCAUGUGACGUGGGCAUCGGUAGUGUUUUACACGCGGGCAGAGCAGGAGAUGCCGGCGUGUCUGAUGCUGUCCACCAGCGCCGUAUACCUACUGCUGGGCGAUGGAGGGACUCAGCCAGGUGUUCGGAGCGAGCUGUGGCCGAUGCCUAAUCCCAGUGACCUGCUGCUGUCGUCCUGCUUUGUUCUGAAGUUGAACAGUCUGCAGUGUGUUCACAUUGGCCUGUUUGAUCAGUAUUUCCGAAUCUCUGGGCCCUGCGCUGAGAGCAUUGUGACCUGCCUGACGCGCGACAGCUACACCACGCACACCUUCGUGCAGCAGCUAAUGGGCGUCUUAUCUCUACUGGAGCGAACGCCUUCGCCGGAGCCUGUGGAGCCGGAUUUCUACACGGAAUUUGGGAAGAAGAGCACAGGCCAAAUGGAGAACUAUGAGAUUGUGCACGCCAGCCGUGUGAAGUUCGUGUACCCGAGUGAGGAGGAGGUGUCUGACCUGACGUUUACGGUGGCUGAGAAGCUGGCGGAGCCGCUGGGCGUCCCCACCUGUAACGUCCUGCUGUACUUGCUGGCGUUCCGUGUGGGGCCCGAGGCUGGGAGCCCUCUCCAGCCCCAAACCCUGAUCCUCACCAGCUGUGACCUGCUGCUGUUUGAAGAGGAUUACGUUAGUUACCCAUUGCCCGGCUGUGCCAAGCAGCCCCCGAGCCGGGGUCGGUACCGGCUGAGUGACACUCGGAGAAUCCGCCACCUGGACAGGGUGCUGAUCGGGUACCAGCCCUUCCCACAGGCUGUCACCUUUGUGUUUGACGACGUGCGAGACCUGGACCUCAUGAGCGAUGUGACGCUGGACCACUUUGAGCAUCCGCUGAGGGGCCGGGGCUCCAGGGGGCUGCGGAGGUCGAGUGCGGGCACUGAGGUGCAGUGGUGCCUAUUCGUGCCCAGCGCAGAGUGUAGAGAGAAGCUGAUUGCCCUCCUCGCCCGGCAGUGGGAGCUACUCUGUAGUCGGGAACUGCCGGUGGAACUCACAGGCUGACGAUCUGCUGACGGCAAGUAACCUGUGGCGAUCACUGACGUGUCCACAGAGCAUCGAGAGAAUUGUACAUAUCACGGGAGUCAGACCUUUGUUUGAUGUCUAGGGCUUUUAAGGUUUAUUUUUUACAGAUUCCACUUAAACACUUGUUUACUUUUACACAUCACUGCGCAAUGUGUAGAGAAACGUCACUGCAUGCAAUGCUUGUAUGUUUCGAAAUAUUAAGUGCAAUGUUUCUUUGUAAUCUAAUGUACAGCUGUGUUUAGUAUGCUGCUAAAAUACUGCAUUUGAUUUACAAUAAAGUUUGUUGGUCUUAUAGACCCUUUUAAAA